AUGCAUCUCCUCACCAUCACCUUCGCGCUUGCAGCAACCUCUCUCGCCUCCCCACUCACGCCCACCCGUCGCAGCCCCGUUCCGAACCCCAUCCCCAACGCCGGAUCCUUCACAUCAUGGUCGUGCUUUGACUGCGCGGAUAGCAACCCCUGUCUCUCAUUUCCACACGACAACAUCGUAUCUGAUACUUGUUAUCCGCUUGAACCAGCUCAGGCUAGUUUAAAGGUACUGGACAUUGCUCUACAGGGCUGCGUGUUGCAACUUUUCGACUCGGUGGAUUGUUCGGAAGAGACAGGUGCGCCGUAUGUGCUUAGUGAGCCGCCGACGUGUGAUCCUGUGCCGGUGUUUAAGAGGGGGUACAAGAUUGUCUGCUAG